UAACCAAAUGCUGAGCUAAGUAGGUUGGUGGCGGCUCGGCACCUAGUUUUUGCGCCUCUCUCUUAUAUAACGGCACUCUCUAUUGUAACAAACGUUGAUCCUCCUACUCAUAGAGGCGCUGUGGUUUUCUCUCUCACUUUGCUGCCUCAGGAGAACAUACAACAUGUCGACUGCAACGCUUCCCACCGUUUCCGUCUUUGGAAGUGUGCCUCGUUGCCAAACCACCACAACCGCCUUUGUCAAGAUCCCAUCCUCUUUGGGUUCUGUAAAGAGCACUUCUAAAAUCUUUGGCUUGAAGGCAAAGUCUGAUUUCAAAGCCACUGCCAUGGCCGUGUACAAGGUGAAACUGGUUGGACCGGACGGUGCUGAGACCGAGUUUGAGGCACCCGACGAUUGCUACAUCCUGGACUCCGCUGAGGCAGCCGGAGUCGAGCUCCCAUACUCAUGCAGGGCCGGAGCAUGCUCCACCUGUGCGGGGAAAAAGGUGUCGGGGGAUGUCGACCAGUCCGAUGGCUCGUUCCUUGACGACCAACAGAUGCAGGAAGGCUACCUGCUGACCUGCGUUUCCUACCCGACUUCAGACUGUGUGAUUCACACACACAAGGAGGGUGAUCUGUACUGAUUGUUAUCAUCUCAUUUUUCAUCAAGACAUAAAAAAAAAGAAACUAUGUUUUCUGGAUGUAGGGCUGAAUAUGUAACCGUGCUUUGGUGAUCAAUUUCUGUUAGCAAAAUCUUGUACUGUAUUUUUUUGUUAUGUCAUAUGUUUAUGUUGGAAAUAGAGGAGGGAGUGUUCAUUGUGCUUUAUUAA